GUUAUUAUUAUUAUCAUAGAAGAGACCUGGGACCCCAGACCUACAGGGUCUAGCCGCACCUUCUCGCCCAGCCUUGUGGGGUCAGGGUCUGGGUCUGAAUCGAGACCUUCUCGCCUGUCUGCGUGGAAGAUGACAGUGAGCUGGGCCACGUCACCCAGUCCCUAGUGAAAGGUUAUCACUUGGUCCAGGAACUGGAAAGGUCAAGGUAGAGGGGGGUCAUGCUCGCUUCUCCUCUGCUGGGGGAGAUAAAGGAUGUCACUCAGCUCCUGGACACAAGGUGUCGGGGUAGGUAGGAGAUAUAAAUGGGGGGCCUGGAGCCAGCAGAGUCAUCACUCCAGGAAGCUGCUGGCCAAGCCCUCUCCUGCGUCUGGGGUGCCUCUAUCCAGCAUGGUCAAGCGCACACGGCUGCUGCUGCUCGCGGUGUGGGUGCUGGCUGGGGAGUUGUGGCUACAGGCUGAGGCACGGGCUGCACCCUACGGUGUGAAGCUUUGCGGCCGGGAGUUCAUCCGAGCAGUCAUUUUCAUCUGUGGAGGCUCCAGGUGGAGACGGGCAGAUGCCCUGACCCAGGAAGCUAUGGGGGGUGCCUUUCCAGACGCAGAUGCCGAUGCAGACAGCCUGGCGGGCAAGCUGGAUGAGACAGUGGCCUCCAAUGAGUGGUUGGCCCUGACCAAGUCCCCCCAAGCCUUCUACGGGGGCCGGUCUAGCUGGCAAGGAACCCCAGGGGCUCUGCGGGGUGGCCGUGAUGUCCUGACUGGCCUCUCCAGCAACUGCUGCAAGUGGGGGUGCAGCAAGAGUGAAAUCAGCAGCCUCUGCUAGUUGGGGGGUGCUGGGCAGCCAAGGGCACCAGGCCAAUGCCCCAGCCCUGCUGUCCACUUAUGGGUGCCCACCCAUCUCUCCACCCUCAUGCACCCAUUCAUCAAUGCUUCACUGGCUGCUGAGAAGUGUGGGCUGGGACAUGGUCCCCUGCCCUGCCCUUUGUCCAGCUUAUUUUGAUCCUGUGUCCUGAACCAGCUGGCCCCCUACCUGGCCAAAUGGUGCCCCAAUCCUGAGCCCUGACCUCUGCCCAGCCCCAACUAGGGCCACUGCCCACAUUAUACCCCUGCCCCAGCCCUCCUCAUACCCUACCCUACAUCCUUUUCCCUGCCUUCCAGCCCCUUCCCCUCCAAUUCCACCUGCCCAGCUCCAAGGCUGUGGACCCCAAGGGUGGCAGCCAGACCCCUGGGUUCUCUUUAUAACCCUGGAUGGGGGCCUGAUAGCGGGAGGGAUCAGAACUUUUUCAACCCCAAAAAUAAAAGUUGCAAAGGACUUUGCAGCCCGUGUGUGUUGUUGCUGGGGUGGGUUUCUGGGCAGUAUAUGGUCCAGCCCUCGGCGCCCCUCUACCCGCCCCCGGCCAGACGCCUUCAAGAUGGUUCUCCACUCCCCCUCCCCAGCCCCAGUGAUUGCACCCAGGGACUUUCCGUCACGGGGAAGGGGCGGGGACCCAGAGCGCAAGGU